AUGGUGGGUGACAAUGCUGGUGGUAAUGGUGAUGGUGUUGACAAUAGUGGUGGUGAUGAUGGUCAUGGUGAUGGUAAUAAUGAUGGUGGUGGUGACAAUGCUGGUGGUUAUGGUAAUCCCAGAUGUGAUGGCAGUGGUGGUGAUGACAAUGGUGGUGGUGAUGUAGUAUCUAUAGUGAUGGUGGUGGUGAUGGUAAUUGUGGUGGCAGUGGUAACAAUGUUGGUGGUGAUGGUAGUAGUGGUAGUGCUGGUGAUACCUAUGGUGGUGAUUGUAGUAGUGGUGAUGGUGGCUGUGUUUGUGAUGUCAGCAGAGACAAUGGUGGUGAUGAUGGUUUUGAUUAUGGUAUUGGAAUUUGGUUGAUACUGGUGUUCAUGGUGGUGGUGUUAUAUAUUUGUGUUGGUGGCAGUAGUUGUCAUUGUUGUUGUCCCCUCUAUUGCUGUUGUAGUUGUUCCCUGUGUUGUUGUUUACACAAUGUGUUUCAUUCUUAUUUCAGGUGCAUUUUCUACAGCAGUCAAUCAGGCCGCUCACAUACAUUCCAAAUAAAAUUAUUUUAGAAGAAUUUUUAGACCAAGGCAAAGUAAGCUUAUAGUACUUAUAGUGCAAAGUAAGCAAAGUAAGCUUAUAGUGCUCCAUGAUCUGACACAGAACGUUCAAUGGCAGCCAAAAUGAACCUUUGAUUCUGUCACGUACAUCACAGAAUUGCAAGGAAAGUGAUUGGCACCCUAUCUUCACGUCUAAAGAGACAUUCAUUACCAGGGCAGGGAAAAGAAUUUUUUUCCUGGUAGCACAACCUGGAGACAAAAAUUUCCUGCUGACCAGCGGAGUAUUUUUGUGCUAAAUCUGCAUGUGCAUAAACAUAUAGUGUUCUCGCUGACCAUGGUUUUAAAUUCAAGGAAUAAUGUCUGUCAAUUAACCAUAUGUUGUUGCGCCCAUAGUGGGACAUGGGUGUUAAGGUUUCCUUCAAAUUUUCAAUAGCAAAUCUUCAAUCAAACGAAUUUUCUGCAGCUGUUUAACAUUUCCUGCGAGCAGUGCUCGCCUAUUUUUUCCACCCCUGUUCAUUCCAUAAUGUAAAUCAGACUUUGUCAAAUUUUCUUGUUGAAUUCUCCAAGCAACAUUCCUAAAAGUUCCAACAAUUUCAUUGCAGCCCACUUUGCUUGCUUUCUUUAAUGGCACAAAAUACGAAGAUAAAAAUUAUAACGAAUUUUUUGGAGCAGCGUUGCACACAAUUAACACAGGUUUUUAUCAUUAUUCUUUUUUUUUUCAACUUUAUAUUUAUAUAUUUUUUCAAUUCAUAAAUAACCAUAUUCCUUUGGUUUAUUUUAUUGUUUAAUUUAUUUAUUUAUCGGUAUAUCCUAACUCAAUCUAUCUUAAUUUAAACCUUUUUUAGUUAACAGUCUGCAAUUUGGUGUGAUAACAACGCCUUCUGUUGCUGCCUUGCUUGGGUUGAAGAAAUUUGGACAAAUUAUUUUAGUAAAUUCUUUGAAACCACGUAAAGUAAGCAAUUUACAGCAUUGGAAAUUGCAUUUGAUGUAGUAUGUUUCUUACAGUAAUUUUAUAUCAACGUAGAUUUAUCCAAACGGAUUGAAGUAUAAUUUGACUUCUUUAACACAUUGGGCUAACAAGAAGAAAAUUGAGGUACUGGCAGUAACUGUACAAAGGUUUAGUUUAGUUUAGGUUUCUUCCUGUAGUAACACUGGAUCAGUAAGAGAUGAUCCUUACUAGCUGGACUUCUAGAGAGAACAUUUUAGAACUAAUAGAGCUAUCCAGUAUAAAUAAAGUUAGUUUAGUUUAGGUUUCCUCCUAUAGUAACACUGGAUCAAUAAGAGAUGAUCCUUACUGGACUUCGAGAGAGAACAGUUUAGAACUAAUAGAGCUAUCCAGUGUAAAUAAAGUUAGUUUAGUUUAGGUUUCCUGUGUAGUAACACUAGAUCAAUAAAAGUGUUUCCUCCUGUAGUAACACUGGAUCAAUAAGAGAUGAUCCUUACUGGACUUCUAGAGAGAACAGUUUAGAACUAAUAGAGCUAUCCAGUAUAAAUAAAGUUAGUUUAGUUUAGGUUUCCUGUGCAAUAACACUAGACCAAUAAAAGUGUUUCCUCCUGUAGUAACACUGGAUCAAUAACAGAUGAUCUUUACUGGACCUCUAGAGAGAACAGUUUAUAACUGAUAGAGCUAUCCAGUAUAAAUAAAGUUAGUUUAGUUUAGUUUAGGUUUCCUCCUGUAGUAACACUGGAUCAAUAAGAGAUGAUCCUUACUGGACCUCUAGAGAGAACAGUUUAGAACUGGUAGAGCCAUCCAGUGUAACGUUAUUUUUUAUUUCCUUGUAGUAUGUUAAAGAGUUAGAUCCAGACAUCAUGGAAUCGAAGACGUUCGGAGCAUUGAUAAAGACCCAACCGUCACUCAUUCUUUUUGUACCAGUGAAUGCCAAGGGCAUGGACAAGAAACUUUUGUACACAGUAUGUAAUAUAUAGAUCUAUGCUACGUACGAAAACCCUUCAGUAUCUUCUAUUAUCAGGAGUCGAAAUUUACGCGAUUCCGUUAUUCCAUAUAUAGACUAUAGUGGAAUGACUGACGGAAUAAGAAACUUCAUGAUGUCAGUAUACUGUUUGUAUAGUAGAAAAACUGAAUUGUGGUUAUCAUUUUAUAAUAUCACUGGCACCGUUAUUGAGGAUAAUUUUACUGUUACAACUGUUGAUUUUGUAGUCGAGUUUUUGCACGUGCAUUUGAUAGAUUCUUGUUGUAUAAAUAAGGUGUUUGCUAUGUUUGUUUGCUGAUCUUCAGUCCAGAGGUCAUUGUCAGAGACAUUAGCCUGUGAACAGGCUCUCAGAGAUAUAAAAGAAUACUGGACCUUCACACGGAACAGUAAAUUUCCAAAAUGUACUAUUCCGGUUGUAUAGUAGAAGCAAAUGUUCAACCCCUGAUUCUACGUAAGUCAACAUGAUUAGCCCACCCUUUUACUAUAGUAUAAAUCGUCCCAAUAUUUUUUCUUUAUUUAUAGUACCAUCAAGUUGCCAUGAGUUAUCACAACUGCUCAUGUUCGGGUCCCGAACCAAGUCUGAAACCUACCGAAGAUUCAUCUGACGAGUCUCCGACUUCACCAGUAGACGGUUGCCAUGCUAAUGCUAAUGCUAAUGCUCACGUCACUUCCUGUCAGUCACUUCCACUCAGCUAUAACCACGGAAUGCAAAACAGUUGCGACGUUUGCCGUGAAUGUUACGAAACGUGUUCGUGCGCUGGGAAUUCGUUUCCGCUACGAACGUUCUCCGUGUUGCGAAGCUUCGCGUUGCCAAGAAACAGUUGCCGGAGCUUACGUAAGAAUUCGUACCAAGAAAAAAACGCUUUGAGUGUUUGUUGUUUUGAUCGCAAAACCCAGAGACUGCUUGGCUUGCUGAACAUAGGAAAAAGCACAGGUGAAUUUUUUGAAAGGGUAAUAUUUUGCUGAGGAGAACGAUUUAGGGGUGAAGAAUAUUAAUUUUAUUUAUACUUGAUAGCCCUGUCAGUUCUAAACUGUUCUCCCUAGAGGUCCAGUAAGGAUCAUCUCUUAUUCAUUCAGUGUUACCACAGGAGGAAACGUAAACUAAACUAACUUUGUUUAUACUGGAUAACUCUAUCAGUUCUAAACUGUUCUUCCUAGAGGUCCAGUAAGGAUCAUCUCUUAUUGAUCCAGUGUUACUACAGGAGGAAACCUAAACUAAACUAACUUUAUUUAUACUGGAUAGCUUUAUCAGUUUUAAACCUUUCUUCCUAGAGAUCCAGUAAGGAUCAUCUCUUAUUGGUCCAGUGUUACUACAGGAGGAAACCUAAACUAAACUAACUUUAUUUAUACUGGAUAACUCUAUCCGUUCUAAACUGUUCUUCCUAGAGGUCCAGCAAGGAUCAUCUCUUAUUGAUCCAGUGUUACUACAGGAGGAAACCUAAACUAAACUAACUUUAUUUAUACUGGAUAACUCUAUCCGUUCUAAACUGUUCUUCCUAGAGGUCCAGCAAGGAUCAUCUCUUAUUGAUCCAGUGUUACUACAGGAGGAAACCUAAACUAAACUAACUUUAUUUAUACUGGAUAACUCUAUCCGUUCUAAACUGUUCUUCCUAGAGGUCCAGCAAGGAUCAUCUCUUAUUGAUCCAGUGUUACUACAGGAGGAAACCUAAACUAAACUAACUUUAUUUAUACUGGAUAACUCUAUCCGUUCUAAACUGUUCUUCCUAGAGGUCCAGCAAGGAUCAUCUCUUAUUGGCCCAGUGUUACUACAGGAGUAAACCUAAACUAAACUAAAUGUAUUUAUACUGGAUAGCUUUAUCAGUUCUAAACUGUUCUUCCUAGAGGCCUAGUAAGGAUCAUCUCUUUUUGUUCCAGUGUUACUACAGGAGGAAACCUAACAACUAACCUAACUUUAUUUAUAUUAAAUUAUCAUGUCCACUACCCACCGAGCCACCAAUACCAAAGUCAGUUUCUGUCUUGGCAUAUAGGGGUCAACGUUAAUCGGUUGUCGUAUUUUGCUUAACUACUCAUCUAAAUGUAUUUUACUAAUUCUCUAGGUGCAGUCGGUGAACCAGUGAAAACUGCUUUAAACAGAGAGGAGCAUUUAAAAAUCCUCGCAAAAAAAGUCGAAAAAUUGAACAAGGAUCUUGAAUCGAAUCCCUCAGAGAAAAACCAUGGCGUAUUCAACAAUCUCCUUGGAAAUUUAAUGAAAAUAUUUAAUACUCCUGUUACUGAAAAGCCAAAACGAGAUAACAGUUCUAUUGAAAGUUUGGGGAGGGAGUCACCCCCAGAUUUAGCGAAUGAUCUGUACCCCCCGGAGUUCGGCACGUGUGAGCAGCCUGGCAAGGUUAUGGUAUUUGCUGGUGCAGGUUGCUAUAGUAACAUAACCGUGAAUUUCUAUUACAUGGAUUCUCGGAAAUAUUGGAAUUAUGCUUUGUCAUUUGGAGUGGAACAUGAUACACUACCCCAAGUUGCCUUGGUACUAGUCGAUAGUCAAGUAAGAGUUGCAUGGUUGCUUCCGUUCUUAAUGUUUUAUUUUAUUUAUCCAAUUUCAUUAUGCUAUAAGCUAUACUUGUUUGUAUUUGAGCUUCCUGAAUAACGUGGGGUCCAGUGUAGGUAGUUCUCUACAAUAAUCUACCGUGGUUUCAGCUUUCGACCCCCAUGUUUGGGAUAUAUUUUUUACGCAGUUCGGACUCGAACCGCGGCAGCUUAUUGUAGAAUACUACCUGCACUGGAUCACCACGUUCGAGAUAUCUUUUUCAGGUAGUUCAGACACAAACCACGGCAGCUUAUUGUAAAAUACUACCUGCACUGGACCACUACGUUCGAGAUAUCUUUUUCAGGUAGUUCAAACACAAACCACGGCAGCUUAUUGUAGAAUACUACCUGCACUGGACCACUACGUUCGAGAUAUCUUUUUCAUGUAGUUCAAACACAAACCACGACAGCUUAUUGUAGAAUACUACCUACACUGGACCACUACGUUUGAAAUAUAUUUUUCAGGUAGUUCAGACACAAACCACGACAGCUUAUUGUAGAAUACUACCUGCACUGGACCACUACGUUUGAAAUGUAUUUUUCAGGUAGUUCAAACACAAACCACGACAGCUUAUUGUAGAAUACUACCUGCACUGGACCACCACGUUUGAGAUAUCUUUUUCAGGAAGUUCAGACACAAACCACGACAGCGUAUUGUAGAAUACUACCUACACUAGACCACCACGUUUGAGAUAUAUUUUUCAGGUAGUUCAGACACAAACCACGGCAUCUUAUAGAAUACUACCUGCACUGAACCCCCAACGUUUGAAAUAUUAAUUUUAUGAGUUUAUUAUACUUAACGUUAUAUAUCAUAUUCUCAGAACGAAGCUCAGUAUGUUCUUUCAGAAGAAACACAGCUAAAUAAUGCUUCAAUAGGUAAACAACCGGAAGUCUAAACAAACUGUAUUUAUAGUGGAUAGCUCUUUCAGGUGAUUUGGACAGUUCUAAACUGUUCUUCGUAUAGAAUUCUAAUAAGGUUCAUGCCUUUUUCAUCCAGUGAUCCUGUGCUGUUUGGUAGAAUCAAACUGGAAACACUCUUCUCAGAUGCGACUUAGACGAAAUUAUAAUCAGAGAAGUGCUUAUAAUAUUGCUGGAAUGGAACACCGGUCACAUUCACAGAGUGAAAAACGCAUUGACUAAACCACUGUACAACAUUUUAUAUGCAUUGAAAUAUAUUUAAAGACUGUUUUGAACCAUAUUCUUUCCAUAAUCUUUGCUGAUAAUUUUCUAGUUGAUUUUGUAAUGAAUUUUACACAUGGUAACCUAAGAAGGAGACUACGUUCCGCCUCAAUCCCCAAUCAGUCGUGUUCCGUGGACACUGGUUGUUUGGCAGAAGUCGUAUCAAAGACAUUUACUGAGCUGGUUCUGGAUAAUAAUAAGGUACGAAAUAAUUGACAAUAAUUGACGGGUUUCAAUUUGGACAACAGAACAAGCAAAAUAUUUAACUACAUUUUUCGGGAUCUGUUUCUUUUUAGGAUGUCUUUUUGAUGUACUACACCCCAUGGUGUGGAUUUUGUAAGUCUGUGAAACAUGUCAUUGUCUCGCUGGUUGAUCAUUAUAAACAUUCUGAACAUAUUAGAAUUGCAAGGUUAGUUCACCUCUAUUUGAUAUGUUUGAUUUGCCUUGCAUGGUUUGUGUCUGAGCUACCUGAAAAGCCUUACUGUAGAAUAUUACCUACACUGGGCCACCACGUUGGAGAUAUAUUUUUCAGGUAGUUCAGACACAAACCACGACAGCUUAUUGUAGAAUACUACCUACACUGGACCACCACGUUUGAGAUGUCUGUUUCAAGUAGUUUUUUCUUUGUAACUUGAACUAGAUUGAAUGCAGAUUUGAACGAUCUUCCCUGGGAAUACACAGUAGAUUCGUAUCCUAGUUUUAUUUUCUUUCCAGCAAGAAGGUAUGUUAACUGACUAUCUUUAUUUAUACCGUCUAGCUAUCUCAAUUUUAAACUGUUCUCCCUAUAGAGGUCCAGUUAGAAUCGACUGUUAUUGCUCCAGUGUUACUACAGGAGAAAACCGAAUUAAAUUUAAAGAAAGUUUAACCAACAUAAGUAACUCUUCCAUUUAGGAAAGAUUUAUCGGUGAAAUUUCCGGAAAAUGAAGAACGUACUUUGGAAAAUUUCGUGAAAUUUGUGGAAACACACAAGACUGAUUACGUGACAUCAAGUCGGAAAUACGUCACAAGUCACGUGAGAAUACAUAGCUUACAAAGAAAUCUUGAUUAUUUAAAGAGACAAAAUAUUAAUUUAAGACAGCGCUUAAAUCGCGAAAUUAUGGCGAAAGGAAACGCCGAAAAAAGACGGUUAAUAGCCGAACGACAAGUUGGCGCACUUUUAGACGAAAAAAACGAAGCGAAGUUUGAUUGUAAAUCCGAACUUCACAAAUUAUCCACGCAAAAUGCACAACUCUUGCGCGAAAUUUUAAACGCAAGAGACCAGCUUAGUAAAUAUCGCAGAAUUGCCCAGAGCACGGUUGAGGAGCUAAGAAAAAGGAACUGGGAUCUACACUCGACAAUAGUUAGCCUAGAGCAGGCAAAUUUACAAUUUCCAAAUGAGCCCAGUGACAGCUCAAAAAUAAAAACGUGAAAUUUAUUUUAUACCGAUUUUAGCUUCGAAUUUCCUACCGGUUGUUACGUAAACUCAGAGAAAUAAUAGAUAUCUAUUAUUUCUAUGCUUAAACCACACUGAACUAACUUUAUUAAUACUGGAUAGCUCUAUCAGUUCUAAACAGUUCUUCCUAGAGAUCCAGUAAGAGUCGUCUUUUAUUGAUCCAGUGUUACUACAGGACGAAACCUAAGCUAAACUAACUUUAUUUUACACUGGAUAACUCUAUCAGUUCUAAACUGUUCUUCCUAGAGGUCCAGUAAGAGUCGUCUCUUAUUGAUCCAGUGUACUGUUACUACAGGAGGAAACCUAAACUAAACUAACUUUAUUCAUACUGGAUAACUCUACCAGUUCUAAACUGAUCUUCCUAGGAAGGAUCACCUCUUACUGAUCCUGUGUUACUACAGGAGGAAACAUAAACUAAACUAACUUUAUUUAUACUGAAUAGUUCUAUCAUUUCUAUAAACUGUUCUAGAACCCUAGAGGUCUAGCAAGGAUCAUCUCUUACUGAUCCAGUGUUACUACAGGAGGAAACAUAAACUUCAUUUCUAUAAACUGUUCUCCCUGGAGGUCUAGCAAGGAUCAUCUCUUAUUGAUCCUGUGUUACUACAGGAGGAAUCGAGUGUUGUGCGCAGAAUCCUCAUAUAUAUUUAUCAUUUCUAAGCUUUUCUUCGUGGAGGUCAAGUAAAAGCCAUCCAUCCCUUGUUAAUCCGGAGGAAACCUGCGAUGUUUUCUGAGUCAAAUUGAAAACCUCUCAAUUGUGGAAUCGGUCAACUACAUAUUGCAGGAAUUUAGGAAUCGAAUUUUGCCUUGGUCACAAAGAUAAAACGUACAAAGUUUGAGAAUAGUAGUCUUGUGAAUUUAAAAAACCUGUACGAAAUACUCGCAGAAUCACAAGCUAGAUUGUAAUCUUACUGAAAAUCAGGGAUUAUUUUAAGGUGCAGUGAUAAUCAAUUUGUGCAGUGAUAUAUAAUUGGAUUUGUGCAAGUGACAAAUUAGAUUUUGUGCAGUAUUGAUUUUCUUUAAUAUUUAACUAUAGUUGAUAUUAAUUCUUGAAAGGAGUACAUAAUUUAUCACAAAUUAUGUUUCAAUUGUUCAAAAGCACGAUAAGCACAAGGAAGACAAUAAGUUAUGCUGGUUUUCAUUUAAUGUUUUCAAAUUUUAUAUCGAAUUUUAUAUGGCCUAACACUCCAUCUUUCAAGAUGGACAAAAAUUGUGUCUGUAGGCUAAAAAGUACGGGCUGUACUCAGCACUCCUUCGCUGUGUGAUUGGCUGCUAUUUUAUGUGCCUGGGUGGUUUUUGUGAGUGAUAAAAUUUCAUCAAAAUAACCCCUGCUGAAAAUUUUUUUUUUGCCAAUUUGCUAACACAUAAAUGUUGUGCAGGGUUUCAUUUAGAUUAUUGAAGGAAGAAAGGGCAAUAAUAAUUCAAGCGUAAUUGAACUAAUUUUCGCCCAGUUGGACAUUAAGGCAAGUAGGCCAAUAUGUAUUAUUUAACUUUGUAUCAGAGUGCGUAUAUACACGCGAAAAUUAUAAAUUUUGUUAUAUGUAUACACCACACGUGAUUGGCUGAUUUGUGGUCACGUGGCUUUAGAUAAAUACAAUUAGCCUUUUCCCAAAAGACAGCACAGUGCAUUCUGGGAUCGUUUGGAGUGACAAAAUAUAUGGUGACAGGCGUCAAAUAUGUGAAAGAGUAGAAGUAUCUGCUAUCAAAUAUCAACUUUUUAGACGACCAAAAAUGAAAUAUCUCCUUUUUACAAUAAACUUUUAAUUUAAAUGUGUGCUGCCAUAUUUCUUGUCCCUCCAACAUGCAUGGAUUUGCGCGACUAGACCCGGGACUUUGGGAAAUGGCUAAUGUUCCCGUCGGGCAACAAGUCCAGUUUGAUUAUUAUUAAAAAUUUGAUAUUCCAAUAUACGUCUUUUUCUGACCAACAGAAUUCGGUAAAAUCGUCUUCCCCAAUAAAGUGCACGAAAUGGCUGUUCAGAGACUCUAAAUCUCAACAACAUUCUGGGUGAGAAAAUUUUGAUGAAAGGUAAUAUCCAAUCAACACUCCUCAACUUUCAUUGAAACUCAAAGCCUGAAAAUGUACACCAAAAUUUGUUUGAUGACAUUUUCUGUUACAAGUUGCCGCCAACAGGCAUUUUCUUAGAGUAUCCGCAUUUAAUAUAUGGAGAAGAUUAGAAGAUGUUGCCAACUCUCUGAUUUUAGCUUUGCAGACGAAAAUUUUGAAAUAUUGCCUAUUAAAGACAGUAUACUAGGACCUAGGUUGACAAAAUUGCAAAACAUUCAAGUUCAUUUUUAACAAAAAUGUGAACUAGACCGUUACUGCGUCAGAAAGUUCGCAAAAAGAUAAGGUAUUUAAGCGAGUAGUAUGAUUUUCGUAUGAUUUUUGCUAAAAGUUAAUAUUUUGCCAACUUUGAGCUUCUUGAACUCUCAAAACCCACUUGAAAAUUAAUGAUUAUGUUAAUUUUCCAGUAAAUUUAAGCACUUGAAGGUGGAGUAACACGGGCAACAAAAUUGCUGAUUUCUACGAUCUGAUUUCUACGCAUGUUAAGUAGAAAUGUUGACACAUGUUGCCUUGCGAUUUGUAAUGUAUGUGCAUGUAAAGUUGUAAACAUUUUCAAUUAACAUGCGUAGAAAUCAGAUUUUGUUGCAAGUUGCAGCAAUUUUGUUGCUCGUAUUACUCCAGCUUUAUCGAAAAAAGCAAUAAUACUCAUUACAAUAACAAAUUCUCAAAUUAUAAGCAACGUGAACCUUUUAGUUUCGUUGCUAUGGGGACGUUUAUCGUGACACAGGUGGUUUGAAAGUGGCUAAUAUAUAAACUAGCAUUUCCUAGCUAGCUUUGCAAACCUAUUGUUUAUCUCAAACAUAAUGGCUUUGCGUUUUUUAAGUGUAAAGGCUGUAAAUUUGCUUUUCAUUUUCAGCCUUGUUCGAGUAUGCCAAUGUUGUACGACGAAUGACACACUGAACUGUACAAGUACGAAUUCUGAGCUGAAAUGUCACGAAGCCGCCAGCUGUCUUAAAAUGCAUUGGUCUGAAAUGGCUCCUUAUGCUUAUUAUUACGAGGGAGAUCUCACAACGAAGUACGGAAUUGUGAUAGGUAACUUUUCAAAUUGUAUUUUUCAAGCUUGUCUUUCCACAUCAACAAUACCGUUAUCAAAACGUUGCGUGCCCCUUUGGCUUCGGUUCCCGCGAACAAUGUAUAGGGUGGAACUAUAAUGACAUUCGACACACGAGAAAACGCGGCUAUAUAUAUGCUGCAUUCCGAACCCGCGGUUGAAGUGAAAAACUGGCUUUAUGUGAGUAGAGGCAUUUGUGAUCCGGGAAUCAUUAAUUUAAACACUUUUCGAGGUCUGUCGAAAGAUGUAUAAUAUCUCGUCUUACGCAAGGAAAGGAUACUUUGGAUAAUUAAUAAUUAGCAGGUGCGCGCUAUCAUCCUUAUAGGGGCUGUUUAUAUGGUCUAUCUUGCCCGCGAUUCAAUGAAAUGUGAAGUAUUUUGAGCAAUUGAAAUACUUUUUCAGCCAUAAACAAAAGUUAGAUAACUUUAAAUGGCUUGAAAAUAAGUAAAUGGCUUUAAACUUAAAUGGCUUUUAAAGGCUGAUUUCCACUGUUGCGUUUUUCGUACGCACGUACACGCACGUAAAACUCUGAAUCCUUCUAUUUUUUAAAUAUUUUACAAGUAAGUUAACAAAUGCACACUAAAACUUGCGGAACACUAAAUUCUGUUGCUUUAUUUAUUUGGUUAUCAGUUUCAUAAGUAACAUUUAAACGGAUUUAAAGUUUUACGUGCGUAUAUACGUACGUAUGAAAAACGCAACAGUGGAAAUCAGUCUUAAAAUGGCUUUUAACUCUUUUAUGGCUUGCAAUUUCCUUGAUUUUAAGAAUUCUGUAACUUUAAAUAUUGUUUAAACGAAAUUAGGAACGCGCAGUAGUGGAAGAAGACGCCAAUAGCAUUCAUUCAACAUUUGUUUUUUGUCUAAAUUGACUAAAACAUGGAAUUUCAUACAAUUUGUAACACUAAGCAAUUUUGUUAGAUCAUGAAGCGCUACUUAUUUCAAUUGCUCAAAAUACGUCACACUUGAAUCCCGGCUAAACUGGGUCAUAUAAACAGCCCCUUAAGCGUGAUUCUCAUAUGUCGCCGACGUCGGCGAUGUCCAUUGUCGUAGAUCAUUGAUGAGUAAAAUCAUUUGUCUAUAUGUUCUUCUUCACUGAUCUCAAACAAUGGCAUCGCACCGACGUCGGCGACUUAUACGAGAAUCAGGCUUUACCUCUACCUGAGACUUAAGCCAUAUGGUUUCAAUAUGAUCGUACGGUCAUAAAGAUUGAGUCACAAUCUUUCUCAUCAGCCGAAAUACAACUCACUUUAGAACUGAAAAUACGCGGAGUGAUUAAACUAUAGAGAAUAUACAUUAAUAGUCAUGAAAUCUGCUGUGUUGGUGUAAUGUACUCAGGUGAAUAAGAUGUUUGUGUGAUGUUACUCUGAGUGUAUAUCCACACCGGGCAGGCUUGAAAAAUAUGCCUGGCCACGGCGGGAUUCGAACCUACGAGCUUUGGAAUACUAGCCCAAUGCUCUUCCAACUGAGCUACGCGGUCAGGACGGUUCGAGUAUGCGAUAUUUCGGAACUGAAUCUAGUUCCUUCGAUAUCAGUGUAAUCUAAUAAUCAUGAAAUCUGCUGUGUUGGUGUAAUGUACUCAGGUGAAUAAGAUGUUUGUGUGAUGUUACUCUGAGUGUAUAUCCACACCGGCCAGGCUUGAAAAAUAUGCCUGGCCACGGCGGGAUUCGAACCUACGACCUUUGGAAUACCAGCCCAAUGCUGUUCAGUUCCGAAAUAUCGCAUACUCGAACCGUCCUGACCGCGUAGCUCAGUUGGAAGAGCAUUGGGCUGGUAUUCCAAAGGUCGUAGGUUCGAAUCCCGCCGUGGCCAGGCAUAUUUUUCAAGCCUGCCCGGUGUGGAUAUACACUCAGAGUAACAUCACACAAACAUACAUUAAUAGAUUUAUAUGUGGUUUACAGGUAUAUAAACUCUUAAAAAACUGGAUGUUGAGAAAGAUUGUGACUCUAUUUUUAUACGAUCAUUACGAGCAUAUAUAUAGAAAAUUUUAGGUAGUUAGUUAAUAUACUUUAUUUAAAGACUAAAGAGGGGGAAAAACAAUAUUUACGUGUAUACCACUAAGGUAUUCUUCCCUUUGUCUUUCAUAAAGAUAUUACUUAUAACUAUAUAUGACUGUACAUGUUUUAUUACCUACACCGAAGCAUUCAUGACAAAGCAUGCACAACAUGUUUGCAUAUAUAGCGCUGGAAAAUUCAUCAACAAUUUUCAAUAGUUUUUAGAUCACUAGGACUCUAGGUAAGGAAUUGAAAAGAUUUGCACCACUAUAUAGGAUAUUUUAGCUUCACUGGUGUCGGUUUUAACUAAAGGGAGCCUCGAGUCGGUUUGAGCAGACCUUGUGUUAUAGCAAUGCCAAUGGACACUUCGCGACAAAAAGCAAACAUAUGCAGAUCAUUACUGGUAGGCUAAUGACUGGAUAUGUCUGUACAUGUUUUAAAUGACCUGUUAGCGAAGCAUUGAUAUAAAGCACGACAUGUUUGCAUAUAUAUAGCGCAGAAAAAUUCAUCCACAUGUUGUACUUUGUGUUUCAAUUCGGGAGAAGGAAUUCUUUGGGUUUUAUUGUAAAAGAUAAGGCGAAACCGUAUAAUUUUCAGUAGUUUUUAGAUCACUAGGUAAGGAAUUGAAAAGAUUUGCACCAUUAUAGGAUAUCUUAGCUUACACAAAGCAAACAUAUGACGCAGGUCAACCGAUAUGAUGUUUUCAAACGUGUCUGAUCACUCAGCCACCUGAACGUAUGCAUAUGUUGUCUUGGAAACUUGCCUUUUAGAAAACAACAUGUUUUCUAUAUAUUAUUAUUAUAAUUCAUUUAUAGUGCCGUUUCCCUAGCUCAAUAGCGCUUAUGAUAAAAAUGUACAGGGCCGCCGAGAGCUUGACGGGGGCCCGGGGCAAAUUUUGUUUAGGGACCCUAUUUCAAAAAUUAUUCCGGAAAAAAAAAAUUUUUCGGAGAACAACCAACCUCCGCCCCCGUCGACAACUUUUUAGGGAAAAAAUUUUCCCGGACGAGUACGUUGCAAUUGCUUUCCAGGGACUUUUACCUCAAUUUUUCAUACCAAAUUUCGGUACUUAACCAAAAAAAACCAACAAAUAAGAAAAUUGUCUGGCAAGGGGAAUAAAUCGAAAAUUUUGUGAUUUUCGUACCGGUCUCAUGUAAACAUGUUGACAAUUUCCAUUCCGGUUUGACUUCGUCCCGAUCUUAUGUAAACGGGGCCUCAUACGUAAUAACAACAAUUGUAAUAAGAACUCAGACAUUCAAGUUAUAGAGACACCCUCUCUCUCAAUUCGCAUCUGUUUAAAUUGAGCCAUUGCUCUGUUCGUUAAUUAACCACUGCUAAACAUUUUGUUUAUAGGAGUCGCGAAGGUUCUGCUGCGACGUUGCUGUGGGGAAUGUUGGUUAAUCCAAGAAACUAAACCGGUGAAUUUCACGGAUUUUUACGAAACCGAGCCAGAGGAUGCAGGUCUAAGCCUACCUUACAUAAUGAGUGCCGCUGACUAUCACGCUCACGAAAAAUACGUGCCUGUUAUAAAAGAUCCUUCCAGUGCUUACGUGAAAAAGAAAGAAGGUUGAGUAUGGCUAUAUCUUAUAUUUCUAUUUAGCAAGGCUCAUGUACACGCGUAAAAACGCACGAGUUGUUACAGGUCUGCAAACAGGUUAAAUCUGUUCACAAGCUGUCGACAAGUUGUGUUCGCACUGCUUGUUCCCAGUUGUAACAAGUUUGGAUCAAGCUGUUAACAACUUGUAGCAAGCUUGAUGGCAUCAGACUGUUACAAGGUUGUUCUAACAUGUCUGAUACAGUCAUGGUAUAAGAAAAUUGUUACAAGGUUGACGACACAUGGUUGUAACAAUAUUGUUUUGUCAUGACUGUAUCGGACUUGUUGGAACAACCUUGUAACAAGUCUGAUAAUAUCAACAAGGUUGUUACAAGUUGUUAACAGCUUGUUCCAAACAUGUUGACAACUUGGGACAAGCACUGCGAACACAACUUGUUGACAGACUUGUUACAAUAUGUGAGAGAUGCAGUCCACCGCCAAGAACCUCUGAGUUUCGUAAGGAUGUUCCAACAAGUCUGAUACAGUCAUGAUAGAUUUUGCAAUAUUGUUACAACCUUGUGUCGUCAAUCUUGUGAUAUGUUAUAUCAUGACUGUAUCAGAUCUGUUAUACAACAACCCCGUAACAAGUUUGAUAAUACCAUCAAGCUUGUUACAAGUUGUUAACAGCUUGUUCCAAACUUGUUACAACAACUGGGAACAAGCAAUGCGAACACAACUUGUCGACAACUUGUGAACAGAUUUGUAACAGCUUGUUUGUAGACCCGUAACAACUUGUGCAUUUUACGUGUGUAUAUAUAGUCAACCGCCAAGAACGUCUGAAUUAAAUUGCAUACUGUUUUUGGCGCUUUAGGUCAAUUUAUCAAAUUUGUAAUUGCCAAUCAAAUUACAAAUUAAAACAAACAUAUUUUUGGUAUCAUUUCUAGGUUGGAAAACUUUAAUGAAGAACCUGAUGUCAACUCUAUGGGAUGCAUGGCCUGUCUUGAUUACUGCGUUGUUGUUCUCUUGGAUAUCUGGCAUGAUUAUUUGGGUUAUAGUACGUAAUGCUCCAGUAGUCUUAACUUUAUAAACUGACUUAGGCAUACUGGAUAGCUCUAUUAGUUCUAUAAACUGUUCUCCCUAGAGAUCCAGUAAGGAUCAUCUCUUAUUGAUCCAGUGUUACCACACAAGGAAACCUAAACUAAACUAACUUUAUUUAUACUGGACGGCUCUAUUGGUUCUGAACUGUUCUUCCUAGAGGUCCAGUAAUGAUCAUCUCUUAUUGAUCCAGUGUUACUACAGAAGGAAACCUAAACGAAAGUAACCUUAUUUACACUGGAUAGCUCUAUCAGUUCUAAACUGUUCUCCCAAGAGGUCCGCGGGGACUAACUCUAACUCGAAGCAUUGAAAAUUUGCGUUACAGGAAAUGUGGUGGAAUGAUGAACAGUUUCCAAGAAAGUUUCUCAGAGGAUCAUGGGAAGGAUUUUGGUGGGCUUUCGUUUCUAUGACAACGGUUGGGUAAGUAAAUAAUAGCUGACUUUUAGUUUGGUGUAUGGAUAAUGUUGGUAAACAUUUAACUCCGCGUCAUUUCCGCCUUUUGUUUGCCAAAACCAUGGAAGUAUCUCUUUUACACUUGUCAAGCUUUCCUUGGCGGCCGUACACACGAACAAAUUUUUCUUGUCCAAAAACUGGUGUGACUAGCUUUGGAACAAGGCUCCUUGGCAAGGAAAUGUUGACAAUGUUUUGCCGUACGCACGAACAAAUAAAACUUGUCAAGGAAAACUUGUCAUGACAAUAUUGCUCAUUUCUACGGAGCUUAACGCUCACUCGAAACCAGUGCGACUAACCCCAAAUGUGAUUUUGUGUGUGUGUAAUAUUUGGGUCAUUAUAGAAGAAAAAAUGUAAUAUAUCUUUAUAAUAAAAAAUCCCAUCUUGAUCAACUUUUUCACUGUCAAUGUUUCCAGAUAUGAUGUCAUUAGGUGAAUUGCAAAUUAGUUUUCCUUUGUUUUUUUUGUACCAAAAAUUCACCUAAUGACAUCAUAUCCGGAAACUUUGACAGUGAAAAAGUUGAUCAAGAUGAGAUUUUUUACUAUAAAGUUAUAUUAUAUUUCUUCUUAGAAUGAACCAAAUGUGACACAUACCAAAAAUCAUAUUACUUGUUAACAAAACAAGAGAUUACAUUAAUUACCAAAAGUGGCAGGAACACCCCAACAACUAGCAUAAGCCAAUUACCCCCAGUCCAAACAACAUGAUUAUAUACUCUAACUUGUUUCUGGUGUUGAGCACCACGGUCAAGCAAACUUUUCAGUUUGCCUGUUGUGGACACAUUCAGAGCAACGUCACAAACAUAUGAUUAUAUAUGGUAUAUAGAACUUGGGCUAUACGUAAAUACGUUUGUUACACAAUCGUUCACAUGGUUAUAUAUGCAUUAUUAUAUAUAUGCAUGGUUAUAUAUGCAUGGUUAUAUAUGCAUACGAAAAAUCAUAUUUGGGGUUAGUCAGUAGUCACACUUCAACAUAUCCGUUAUUUGCUGUAGUUAUGGUGACCGCGCACCGCGUACGUUUCCAGGAAGAGUGUUCGCUAUAUGUUGGAUCAUGAUUGGUAUUUGUAUAUGCUCAAUAUUCACUGCCACCUUAACAUCGGCUUUGACCAUGAACAGCUUUGAUGUCCACAAAACCAUCACCCGAACGAAGGUAUUUUAUGAGUCUUGUGCGAAUAUUAAUAUAGUAUUUGUCUUUAGCGGUGAAGAAUUGAGUCGAAUUGCUUUGGGCCCCAUAAAAUAGUAUAUUGUACAUUCAAACUAUUAUAAGUGGUCGAAACUCUUCUGCUCAGCCACGAGUGUUCCUGGGGAUUGCGUAUCCCGCGAUUAUAAUAUUUCUGAAUGCCUGUUUGACAUUUAUAUAGGUUGGUGUUUUGGCGAAUUCGGUGGAAGCUAUUACUGCGAUUCAAAACCAAGCUGCCAUAUUUUGUAAGUAUAACUCAGUGAUAAAAAUGGUUAUCUUAGAAAUAAUAGAACAAGAUCCACAAUAGCUCUGGAAUCAGCUGUCAUUUGUUUGUCUGAACUACCUGAAAAAUAUCUUAAACGUGGUGGUCCAGUGUAGGUAGUAUUUUACAAUAAGCUGCCGUGGUUUGUGUCUGAACUACUUGAAAAAGAUAUCACAAACGUGGUGGUCCAGUGUAGGUAGUAAUUUACAAUAAGCUGCCGUGGUUUGUAUCGGAACUACCUGAAAAAGAUAACUCAAACGUGGUGGUCCAGUGUAGGUAGUAUUCUACAAUAAGCUGUCGUGGUUUGUGUCUGAACUACCUGAAAAUGAUAUCUGAAACGUGGUGAUCCAGUGUAGGUAGUAUUGUACAACAGUUGUAGUUAGAAUUUUCUUGCUCUUUAUAGACUACAAUACAUCAGACGAAGUAUGGGAUGCUGUACUUGAUGGUGAAGUUGACGGUAUAGCAUUUAUCUUUUGAUUAAUUUAGGUCUUAUGUAAAUGAUCUUGGGCGGUACGGGGACGUCUUCAUCUCGCCUAGCCAGGAAACGCGCCCUGGCGAGAUGAUGUGAUUAUAUUGACAGAAACGUUGCCAGGAUAAAGCCUGUUACAAAGUGCUUGACAUAAUAUUUUUCGCAGAAAAGGCGUUUGUUGGGUACUGAGAUGGCAAGUUCAUUCAGAAUCUGAUAGCAUAGUGCUACACAGUUGCAGUGUCCAAGUGUUGAUUUACAUGAUUAUCCGCUUGAUUAUACUUGAUCACUCUCUAGCUGUCUCAGAAAUAAGUAAAAUAUUUUUUCCAACCUUGGUUGUCAAUAUGGAUAUUGGACUGAUAUUUUUGUUUUAUUCAUGUUGAGGUAUUUUAUUGGACUAUUACUACGCGUUGGUUCAUGAGGAAGACUUGACUAAAGAUGAUCUGGUGAUUGUGAAUGUAUUCAAACCCAAGGAUUGGUCGAUCGGAAUUAACUUGAUAUCCAAAGAACUUGCGAAUUGUAUGAGAGAUAAAUACAACCACGAUUACGCCAGAAUUCUGUACGAUGCGAUUGCCAAUGAAAAUAUUUCUGAUCCGGUGAGUUUAAGACUGUCUUUGUAUAGAUAUAUCGACACUCUAUUACAUUACAUGCGAAUAGUCUGGAUCUAUCUUGUUCUUUGUGUGCUGUAUGUAAAUCAGUCUUUACUGACUGUAGAGAUAUAUCAACCCUCCAGUACAAUAGUCUGAAUUUAGAAUUAAUAUAGAGCUAUCCAAUUUUUAAGUUGGUUUUAAAUAGAAAUUCUUCCUUUGCUUUCAUUUAGACUGAAGCUACAUCUGCUAGUCAAAUAUCUGGAAUCUUUGACCCAAAUGGAAAGAUGUUUAGUUUCAUACUGAUCUUCUCAACUGUGGGAGCAUGCCUUAUGUUCAUCACUGGCCUCUGUUGGGAUUUUGUCCGCCGAGGAAAGAAGAUAGGUUAGAUUGACAUUCGUGUAUAUAUCGUAACUAACUUUAUUUAUACUGGAUAGCUCGAUCUAUCAGUUCUAAAAUGUUUUCCCUAGCGGUCCAUUAAGGAUAAUCUCUUAUUGAUCCAUGCAGUGUUAUUACAGGAGGAAAGCUGAACUAAACUGAUAGCUCUAUCAGUUCUUAUAACCCCCCCACCAUAAAGGUCCAGUAAUGGCCAUCUCUUAUUGAUCCAGUAUUACUACAGCAGGAAACCUAAACUAAACUGACUUUAUUUAUAUAGCUCUAUCAGUUCUAAACUGUUCUUCCUAGAGGUCCAGUAAGAGUCAUCCCUUGUUGACCCAGUGUUACUACAGGAGGAAACCUAAACUAAACUAACAUUUAUACUGGACAGUUCUAUUUAUUCUAAACUGUUCUCCCUAGAAAUCCAGCGAGUGCCUCUUACUUGUGAAGUGUUACUACAAGAGGAAAUCUUAACUAACUGGACUGCUCUGAAAUCAGUUCUUCCUAGAGGUCCAGUUGGAAUCAUCUCUUAUUGAUUCAGUGUUACUACAAGAGGAAACCUGAACUAAACUAACAUUAUUUAUGGAUAGCUUUACCAGUUCUAAACUGUUCUCCAUAAACUGAUAAAGGUCCAGUAAGGAUCACCUCUUAUUUACUCAGUGUGACUACAGGAGGAAACCUGAACGUAACUAACUUUAUUUAUACUGGAUAGCUUUAUCAGUUCUAAACUGUUCUCCAUUAAGGUCCAGUAAGGAUAAUCUCUUAUCAAUUUAGUGUCACCACCAGAGGAAACUUGAACUACGUAAACUAACUUUAUUUAUGGAUAACUCUAUCAGUUCUAAACUGUUCUUCCUAGAGCUCCAGUAAAGGUCAUCCCUAAUCGUUCCAGUGUUACUAUAGGAGGAAACCUAAACUAAGCUAACAUUAUUUAUACAGGAUAGCUCUAUCAGUUCUAAACUGUUCUGCCUAGAGGUCCAGUAAAGAUCAUCCCUAAUCGUUCCAGUGUUACUAUAGGAGGAAACCUAAACUAAGCUAACAUUAUUUAUACAGUAUCGCUCUAUCAGUUCUUAACUCUUCUUCCUAGAGCUCCAGUAAGGAUCACCCCUAAUCGUUCCAGUGUUACUAUAGGAGGAAACCUAAACUAAACUAACAUUAUUUAUACUGGAUAGCUCUAUCAGUUCUUAACUGUUCUUCCUAGAGCUCCAGUAAGGAUCAUCCCUAAUCGUUCCAGUGUUACUAUAGGAGGAAACCUAAACUAAACUAACAUUUAUACUGGAUAGCUCUAUCAGUUCUUAACUGUUCUUCCUAGAGCUCCAGUAAGGAUCACCCCUAAUCGUUCCAGUGUUACUAUAGGAAGAAACCUAAACUAAACUAACAUUUAUACUGAAUAGCUCUAUCAGUUCUAAACUGUUCUUCCUAGAGCUCAAGUAAAGAUCACCCCUAAUCGGUCCAGUGUUACUACAGGAGGAAACCGGUGUACCUGCAUGCAUGGGGAAACCUACUGUAAUCUAUUAGAAUCAAUCUCCUCUGAUAUGAUUUAGUAAUUUUUCAAAUUUCUCUUACAGCAUGUAAGUCUGAGAAAAAGUUGGGCAGCGUUGAGGAGCAGCUAGUGUCUGAACUGCACACCGUAUUCGUGAAUUGGAAGGAACGAAGAGCGGCAGAAUCUUUUGAUCUUCAUUUGGAAACCAAAGCAUGA